GCGGAGAAGGGCACCAAGCAGCCGCUGCUGGAAGAUGGCUUCGACACCAUUCCCCUGAUGACGCCCCUCGACGUCAAUCAGCUGCAGUUCCCGCCCCCGGAUAAGGUGGUCGUGAAGACGAAGACGGAGUAUGAACCUGACCGCAAGAAAGGCAAAGCGCGUCCUCCCAAGAUUGCGGAGUUCACAGUCAGCAUCACGGAGGGCGUCACCGAGAGGUUCAAGGUCUCAGUGCUGGUCCUCUUUGCCCUGGCCUUCCUCACCUGUGUGGUCUUCCUGGUCGUCUACAAGGUGUACAAGUAUGAUCGUGCCUGCCCUGAUGGGUUCGUCCUCAAGAACACCCAGUGUAUCCCGGAAGGCUUGGAGAGUUACUAUGCAGAGCGAGAUUCCAGCGCCCGGGAGAAGUUCUACACAGUGGUAAACCACUACAACCUGGCCAAGCAGAGCAUCACCCGCUCCGUAUCGCCCUGGAUGUCGGUUCUGUCGGAAGAGAAGCUGUCGGAGCAGGAGACGGAAGCAGCCGAGAAGUCGGCUUAGUGAGAUGGGCAAGUUCCUCACAGUGUCACUUGAAGGUCAAAAGGGACUCUGAGGGACAUUUCAUUAAAUAUAACUACUGGUAAUUUAGAGGUUACUCAUUUACGGUGCAAUUGCUUCUGUUUGCCUAUGCUGCUUUGCAAAUAAAACUUGCUGCCGACCACCCACGGGCAUAAAACCAAGUGCAUAUCAGCAUUGCUUAAAGGUUCUGACACACUCAUGGUAAGGGUUCUUAAUUUAGCUCCUUCACCAGGUUUAUUGGAUGCUGUCAAAAAAUAAAUGUACACUGGACAUGUCAGGAGUUUUGACUUCAGCUAAAUACUGCAUUUUGUGGGGUUGAUUUUUUUUUUGAAGCCACCUUGCUCUCACCCACCAUACUCCACAGCCGUAUCUGGAGUGGUCUCUCUCUUUGACAGGGGCAAGCCGACUCCUGUUUCUCCAGCCUCCCGUACCUGGUGUGGUGCAGAGAAGGGAGGAGGGGGCCCGUCCCGACUCCUCCGCGGGCAGCCCUGCCGCGAUGCUCCGUGUGGCCUUAGCACGGCCACCCUGGACCACCUCUGGUGCCCUGUCCCCGCAUCUUGAAGAGGAGCAGGCACCACCGGGUGGAGAUGGCAAGGUUCUCCGCAGAGCCCAAGGAGGGGUGGGUAGGAGCAGGCCUGGGCCAGGCACUGAACAGGAAGGAAACACCACCGGCCCUUUUGUUAACUCCGAAUAUGAAUAAAUUUGCACGCGCAGCCCUGUAUGCAAGUUUUUAAAAAAAAUUAGCUGGGUAGGAAAAGUGACGA